AUGUUGGAUCCUACUUGGAUAACGCAAUGCCCAUUGCUUCUCCUCGACACAAGAAUGCCAUACGGGAGUUUAUCAGUGGGAUGCAAGGAGCGUCUAGAUCCGGCUGGCACAGGUUCAUUAUACAAUGAAGGAGAAGCAGAUAUUGUGGUUAAUCACGUCAUUUCUUUGAUUUAUGCAGGUGUGAGUCCAAUGGCUAUUGCUGUUCAAUCCCCAUAUGUUGCUCAGGUGCAACUUCUCAUAGAUAGGCUGGACGAUUUUCCAGUGGCUGAUGGAGUUGAGGUGCCAACCAUUGACAGUUUUCAAGGCCGUGAGGCCGAUGCAGUGAUCAUCUUAAUGGUCCGGUCGAACAACUUAGGAGCAGUGGGAUUCUUAGGGGAUAGCAGAAGGAUGAACGUAGCUAAAACAAGAGCUCGGAAACUCUUGGCAAUGGUAUGCGAUAGCACCACGAUCUGCCACAAUACGUUCCUUGCAAGAAUGUUGCGUCACAUACGCUAUUUCGGGAGGGUAAAGCAUGCGGAUCCAGGUAGCUUGGGAGGUUCAGGACUAAGCUUGGACCCAAUGUUGUCUUACCUUGGAUAA